UAGAGCUAGUCUCUGUCACUGGACUGAUUUUAAAGAACAGACGAUGGAAAAAGUCCUGACAAAGAAUAAUUUUAAGUGUUACCUUGAAUAGUUUGAAUAGUUACAUUUUGAAGGCUAUGUGCCAAACAUGUGACUAGGAUGGGGAGACAAGGAACACAUAACUUAACUUUGGUGGAGGAACCUUUGGAAACAUCUACUUGGAAGAUCAAGAAGGAGAUAGGAAGAUGAAUCUUAGGAAGGUAGAUUCUAAGGAUGGGUAAAACUGGCUCAGGUUCAAUGACAGGCUUUGGUAUUUGUAGUGUUGAACCUUUGGGUUCAGCUCCUACUGUGUUAGAUAAUGCUUGCUACCAUUUAGUUCAGCAUAGUUUAUCUUCCUGUUUACUAAUCUAAAAUCCGAAUAUUUAAAUACACAAAAUUUGGUUUUUUAUUCUGUGGGAAGAACAUAUAUUUGGGUAUAUGUGUGAUAAGUGAUGAAGAAGACAUGUGGACUAAUGAGAGAUGAAAUAAUAAGAAAGUGGAGAAAAUUGCAUAAUAAGGAAUGAUUUUUGUGUUGUAUUUUAGUGUUGUCAAGUUAAUGAGGGUGAGACUUGAAGCACAUGUAACAUGUAAUAGGCAAAAUGAGAAAUGUUUGCAAUAUUUUAGUUGAACAGCCACUAGGGAAGAACCAUUUUUGAGACAUAGGUUUAAGAAGAAUAAUAUAAUAGUAUAUUGUAGCGUGGGUCGGUAUACAACCUUGAUUGUCAACCCUUGAUUUCUUGCGGGGUCUACUACCUCAAAUCCAAUCUCAGUUGUAAACUUGGUUGGAUUGUAAGAGACCACAAAGUCUUCCAGCAAUAAUGAAUUUAAUCAACUAAAACGUCUUUACAGCACAAAAUAAUCUCGUCUACAACACACUUCUCCUACAAGCGAUUCACACUUCAGCUCUCUUCGCAGUAUUUCUUCCACACUCUCACCUACUACACUACUGCCAAUAAACAGACGCAACAAUGUAAACACAACAAUGCUAAACGCAACAAUGUAAAUAAUACAACAAUGCAUGAAUACAACAAUGUCAUUAAACAGUUCAACAAUGCCAACCCCCAACACAUCACAAUAUGUUAGAGAAAUACGAUCUACUUUGUCUUGUGAACAGUAAUGAAUCAUGAGCUACAUAAAAGCAGGGAUACACUGUACUGUGAACCGAGUUUUAUGAACCAAUCAAUAGAGAGAGACAGGUUCAAUUCAUGAAGAUCAGUGACAAAUUUUUAUUCAUAAAUAGAACGCUGUUUAUUUGACUCAGACAAAUGUGACUGGUUUCUUUCUCUCCCCACUGCUGAUGUCUGCCCUACCUUCUGGUGGCUGAUAUAAACAAAAUACCUGUUCUUCCAAGUAAUUGAAAAAUGAAAUGUUCCUUCAUUUUGGGGCGGACCACAUAUCUUUGCAGAGAGGGCAACGGUUGCAUGAUGUCAAGAUCAAAAUGGUGCAGUUAGCAGAUUUGUUCUCGGUGCCAGAGAUGAGUCUUCUGUGUAAUGUUGCUGAAUACUUCGAGCGUAACCACAUUGACUACCAUCCUGAGAUUCUGUUUCAUGAUGUGAAGAGUUCAGUACAGAGUGGUCAUCCAGUAAUGCACAGAAUUGUGGAGCAGAAUGUAUCAGAAUACCUGGAACAAAACAGAGAUAUCCGCAGGUUGUUUGGCCGUCUGGUGGCUGCUGGAAAGAAGCUGUUCCUCGUCACCAAUAGUCCAUACCAUUUUGUGAACAAAGGAAUGGAGCUGCUAGUAGGAAGUGAUUGGAUGCAUUAUUUUGAUGUGGUGAUAGUCCAGGCACGCAAACCAAAGUUUUUCACGGUUGAGUCAAGACCAUUUCGAAUCUAUGACUGUGAAAGUCGGACACAACUCUGGGAUCGUGUCACAAGGCUGGAGAAAGGAAAAAUCUAUUAUGAGGGUACUGUGAAACAGCUUCAAGAUAUGACGGGAUGGAGGGGAGAGCAGGUCCUCUAUUUUGGAGAUCAUCCAUACAGUGAUCUGGCAGAUGUGACUCUGGAACAUGGUUGGCGGACUGGAGCUAUCAUUAAUGAACUCGCACAUGAGAUUGAGACACUGAAUGAUCCAGAGUUCAAAAUGAACUGCAACUGGUUGCAGAUGUUGACACAGCUGAUAGAGGACUUCCAGGAUUGUGAGUCACCUGAGGAGGAGGAAGUUUUGGCAAAAUGGAUGGCAGAACGAGAUGAUCUUCGGCAAAAGAUCAAGUGUGUUUUCAACAAACAAUUUGGCAGUGUCUUUCGGACUUACCAUAACCCUACAUUUUUUUCUCGACGACUUUUUAGAUUUGCUGAUAUCUACAUGUCGCAUCUUACCAACCUUCUGAAUUAUUCAGUCAAUCAUACUUUCUAUCCACGGCGAGGUGUAAUGCCUCAUGAAUAUACUUCUUACUUUGUAUAAACACUGAAUAUUGUGCUGUAAAGAACAGUAUACUUAUUGUUAUUGUUUUUGUCAAGCCAUAAUUCUUUGUUUACAAACUUAUUUUACAGUAUCGAGCUUACAUACUAGAAUCUUAACAAAUUUUGUUAUGGAUUUUUUGUAAGAGACACACUAUACUUUGAAUAUUUUUUUGUGUGAAUAGUUUGUUGCUUUGCCUCCAGUCUGACAAUGGAGAACAAUAUUAAAUAAUUUUCCAUAAAUGAGGAAUUUUGUAGGAUAAGGGAAGAGAUUGCUUGAGGGACUCAUUUUGUAAAUCCUUGUACAUAUAAAAAAAAUUUGUUCCAUUCCUGAUGGCAUAUAUAUUACAGAAUCUAAUAGUUAUCACUUGUGCAGCUCUGUUAUUGUAAGUUUAUGUUAUGUAUUGUUUAUUCAUAUUUCAAUAUUUUUAUGAAUUCUGAGAACAAUUAUUUUGAUAGAUUUUGAGAACAUUUUAUAAAAUAAGAUACCCAGAUAUUGCAUUGGAAGAAUACAUAUGGACAAUUCAUAAUCUUUCAAUGAAUAAAUAUGAUCCCUAAAUCUCAGAUUGUGGCUUACUCAUGUAGGCAAAACUAUGCCAAGUAGUUAUUGCCUAUGCUUUUUGUUGUUUGAAAAUCUGGAGUCCUGUGAUUUACCAUCAAACUCAUGCAAAGUCAUUAUCCAACUAUGAUUUCUUUUUAGUAAAAGCCGAAUCUCUGUUUAUAGUUUGUAUGCAAAAUCAUGCUCCAAACCAUUCUGACCUAUGUUUUAACGUUUUGUAAAAAUUUGGAUAUCUGUAUGAUGUAAUCGAAAUCACAUACUACAUUAUUAUCAACUAUGAUUUUAUGUGUGUGUUUAUCAAAAUAUGACUUGUCAGAAAAUUAUUUUUAUCUUUAGAGGGAAAUAAAAUUAGUAUUACAAUUCAGAUUUCUGAAUCCUACAUAACAAACAUAGAUAUUAUAAUGAUGUUUGUUGUAGUACAAAUGUUCUUGCCUAGUUGUCUUGUUUUUUGUAAUGAAUCACUUUUAUUACAAAGUUGGUUGAUCAUAUUUGACAAUCAUACUUCAUUUUGUAUAUAGAUUUCAGUUUGCCGUAUUGAGAGUCUUUAUUUCACCUAUGAAAUACAUCAUAAACAGAAUGUCCUUUCUGAUUAAACUAAGUUAAGAAAGAGUAUUUGUUUCUGACAAACCUUUUUAAUGUGUGUUAUUUAUUUAUUUAUUAGUGAAUGAAACUGUCAGUAGAUUAUACUAUACAGCAUCAAAUACUAGGAUAGUUGACAAAUCAUGAAUUGCAAAAGGAUGUAGAAGGAAGUAGUUAGCCUAGUUAAGGAGCUGUCUUGGCAUUUGGCUGGAGAGAAUGUGGAGAACCAUCAAAACCUGUAGCCAGCGUAGCUUAGAAGUGAAAUUUACAGAAUUUAUGAUUAAGGUAGUAAGCACACAUGAAAUGUUGGUCAAUUUCUGUGAAUCUACUGGUUACAUUUUUGUCUUCCACAGUAAUUUGCUUUAUUAAUCUUCUAAGCCUGUGAGCAUUCUCUAAUACCCAGUGUACUACAGUUUUGUUGUCAUUUUAAUGGCUUGUAAGUAAUUUAAAAUAAGAAAUUGUAUAUAAAUGUGUGUCAUUUUCAACUGUA